GCAGAAGUGAUACUUUGUUUCCGCGUAGUUCCCAGCCUGUUGUUGAUGAAGCCGAACAGGAACUGAAUGAAACGGCGUGGAAACCCUGGCAGCUCAGGGCUGAAUACGGGACGGGCUGGACCGAACCGAAUCUUCGGGUCAACAUGUCGGCGGCUGUUUGGGUUUUCAUCCUGACAUUUUCAACACUAAACGGAGUGGUAUCAGGAGACCUCCGCAGACCCACUAACGUCCAGCUGAGCUCCAGGAACCUGAACCUGAUGCUGACCUGGGAGCCACCUGCAGGAGCACCCAGCGGGCUGGUCUACAGCACCCAGUACACGAGCUCAGCUACAUCCUACAGAAGAGGCUGCGUGAACACCACCGCCCUUCAAUGCGACCUCACCUCCUUCAACAUCAGUGUGUAUGGGAUUUAUAGGGGGAAAGUCCAGGCUCUGCUAGGAGCAGAGACCUCAGACUGGGUGGAGAGCAACCAGACCACUUUAGACAAAGACACCCAGAUCGGUCCUCCUAUCGUGUCGCUCCUCUCCAACGGUCCGAUUCUGGUGGUCAGCAUCAAGGAUCCAGUGUUCCAGAUUUCCUCUCUGAGGACCGUGUACAGCGUAGUCUCCUACAUCAUCACCUACUGGAAGAAAGGCCAGGAGGAUCAGCCAACGAACAUCGGCAACAUCGAGCAGGACAGAGUGUUUCUGGAGAAGCUGGAUCCCUUGAGCGAGUACUGUGUACAGGUCCACAUCAACACGAUCCGAAACAAGAACCCCAGCGAGCCCAGCAGCGUUAUCUGUGAGAGGACCGGCAACAAUGAGGAACCUCCGUGGGUUGCAGCAGUGAUCGUGUUCAUCAUCAUGGUGGUGGCCGUGGCUCUGAUAGUGGUGACCGUACUGAAAUGGAAAAGUAUUUCCCAGUUUUUCUGGCCAAAGGUUUCCCUGCCGCAGCAUUUUGAAGAGUCUCUGCUGGUGGCACCUGAGUCCUCUCUGUAUUUGGCCUCCCAGCCCACUGAGGAGAUUGACCCAGUGAGUGUUGUUACAGCAGAGGAAGACUGCCCCCUAGGGACAGCAGAGAGCAGCUGCAGUAAACAGCCUAACGGCGCUGUGGGAGAUGGAUAGAAAAUCAGAGACUGAAAGGAAAGAAGCAACAGGUGAGCAGGUCUACAUCCUGCAUGCUGAUUGGACCGCAGAGAUGAGCGCAAAGACUUGAUGAGAUGAAAGAUUUUAGACAGCAACUCCAGAAUAAUGUGAAGAGAUAGAAGGCAGGUUCAUGCUGCGAUGUGCUGCCAUCGUCCUACACAAUCUGUGUGUAUCAAACAAGUUGUUUUAUGAUGGCAUUAAAUGUCAUUUACGGUACAAUCCGGAAUGUUCCAGUGUGUUUUCAUAAACACGGACGUUUUGGGACAAACUAUUUAUGAACACGGAAAACUGAAGAAGUUCUGACAUGCAAACUGAAAAAUUAAUAUUGAAUUUUCUGCACUUCUACCAGUGCAGAAAUAUUUCAAAUCAAUGCUGUACUGAUUGAUUGAUCUGUUUUUUUUUUUCCUAAUGUUCUGAUGAAACUAAACUACAAUCUACAAAGUGUUUUCUUUGUGACUUUUUUACAUGUUAAAAUAAU